AUGGCUUCUCAUGGUGGUAACAUGUUGUCCUUGGCUAACGCUCAAUCUCUUCUGGCCGGCAUCGUUGCUACUGCUCUUAGCACGCUCUGCCUCACCUCAAUCUUUUCCAUUAAGAGUCAGGACGAAAGCCCAGGCCUGAUCAAAUCCUUUUUCCUUUUCUUCUACUCUUCCUUCAUCAAACCCCACCAGGGCGGCAAAAAGGGCAAUCAACAAGAUGCCCUUGAAAGCUUCUACAAGAAGCAAGCCGGGGCUUAUGAUGCUACCCGAAAAGUCCUCCUUCGUGGACGUGAGGACAUGCUGGCCCUUGUUGCCGCGCAGAUCCAGGCAAAACUGACGGCCGAUGCGCCCAAGAAUGGCAACAAGAACAAGCGAAUCUGGGUUGAUAUUGGCGGCGGCACUGGAUUCAACAUUGAAGCCAUGGGCGCAUUCGUCGAUGUCCCUACCUUCUUCUCGAGCGUAUAUCUCGUCGACUUCUCCCCUUCUCUCUGUGAAGUGGCACGAAAGCGAUUUGAACGCCUUGGCUGGAAGAAUGUCAAGGUUGUCUGUGAGGACGCUCGCAAGUUCCGUCUUGAGGACUACGAAUCCGGAAUGCCUUCAAAGUCCAUUCCUCCUCGUUCCCCUGCUCUGAGCUAUUUUGACAAGCCUCGCCCCGACUUUGGUGGAGCGGAUUUGAUCACCAUGUCUUACAGCUUGUCCAUGAUUCCCGACUACUAUUCAGUCAUUGACUCUGUGAUUUCUCUUCUCUCACCCCAAGGCAUCUUGGGAGUAGUUGACUUCUAUGUCCAGAACCAGGUUGACUUUGCCUUCCGAAACUACACUGGUGGUCUUGUCGACCGUCACGUCAACUUCUUGUCCCGAAGCUUUUGGCGCUCUUGGUUCGAUCUUGACCGGGUUGGUCUUGAGCCCAGUCGCCGAGAUUACCUCGAGUACAAGUUUGGUACUGUUCUCAACGUGAACACUCGCAACAAGGGCCUCGGAGCUAUCCCCUACUACAUCUGGCUCGGAUGCCACAAGAAGCCUUUCUCAUCGUCCAGUCUUCCCCAUGAGAUUGUUGAACGUAUUGACGCCCUGGUUACAGAGUCUCCUUACCUAUACCCCGCCAACCACGGAGAUGCCCUGACUCGAGCCAUUGAAAGGUCUGCUCCUGAGAUUCGAUCUAAGGCGUUCCUCACUGCGGUUCAGAAUCUGUCUUCCAACCUUCCUCUCCCCUCGUUCUUCUACCAGAACCACCAUUGGCGCAUCUAUUACGACGAGCAGCUCCCCAAGCAUACUCAGUUCAAGGACGAGUACAUCUACGCUUUCACUUGGGAGGACACUCGUGUGGAUGAGCGACUCUUGAAGCUCGGUGCUGACGACAAGGUCCUGGCCAUUACUUCUGCUGGUGACAACAUUCUAUCGUAUCUCCUUCAGAGCCCUGCCCGUGUUCAUGCUGUCGACUUGAACCCCACCCAGAACCACCUGCUCGAACUCAAGGCUGCUUCUUACACUGCCCUACCAUAUGAGGAUUUCUGGAAGAUCUUUGGAGAUGGAAAGCAUCCUCACUUCCGUGAGUUGCUCAUCACCAAACUCUCUCCUCAUCUUUCUGGCCGCGCAUUCCAGUAUUGGCUCAAAAACGUCCACGUGUUCCAGAACAGCAGUGGUUACGGUCUUUACGAUACCGGAGGUUCUCGCCACGCUAUCCGUGUCUUCCGUUGGAUUGCCCGGAUCUUUGGUCUGCAGAAGGCUGUGAAGCAGCUCCUUGAGGCCAAGACUCUGAAUGAGCAGCGAGAAAUCUGGCGACGAAAGAUCCGCCCUGCUCUUCUUUCCAAGCUUGUCUGUAACUUGGUUGUCUCUCAGGAGAGCUUCCUCUGGGCUGCUCUUGGUGUUCCUAAGAACCAGCUGGCCAUGAUCGAGGCUGAUCACGCCGAGUCCGACCUCGUGAAGGGCCCUAAGCCUGCCGCAAAGAACACUCGCUCUCAUGCUAUUUGGCACUACAUGGUCAACACUCUUGACCCUGUCGCUGAGGAGACUCACAUAGCCGCUGAUAACCCUUACUACUAUGUUUGCAUGGAUGGCAAGUUCUCUCCCAAGUGUCACCCCGAUUAUCUCAGCCCUAGGGCCCACGCCAAACUCUCUCGUCCCAAUGCUCUUGAUGGUCUCCGUAUUCACACUGAUGAGCUUGAGGAGGUUAUUGCACGCAUCACCCCCGGUACUCUGACUGUUGCCGUCGUCAUGGACAGCAUGGACUGGUUCGACACUGGAUCUCGAGCCGCUGCCGCCCAGAUCACUAAGCUUAACCGAGCUUUGGCUAUGGGUGGUCGUGUGCUGCUCCGUUCUUCGGCCUUGACCCCAUGGUACAUCAAAGAGUUUGAGGCUCAUGGUUUCUCACCUAAGAGACAUGGUGCUCGCCUCGAUGGAGCCUGCAUUGACCGUGUCAACAUGUAUGCUAGCUGCUGGAUUUGCACCAAGUCUGAGAACUUGCCUCCUCCCACCCCCGAGAUGGAUCGUGCUGGAGGUUCUGAGAUUACUUCUUUGACUAUCUAA